GCUUUAAGAUUUUACUAAUACUCUUUUAUCCAUUAGUGAGUUAUCCUUUUUGGUAUUAUUGUUUUCUUCUAGUUUGAUAUUUAUUUUUAUUCUUUUUACAGAAUUUAUAAGCGUAUUCAUACAAUAUAUUUGUGUGAUACAGAAAAUGGGGUGCAAUAUGGAAAAGAUGAUUCCUUCCAUGGAGGAGCGAAGGACGGUUUCUCAGCGUAAGGAAGCAUGGGAGGGAAUCAAAAAUAAACUCCCUGUUAUGAAAACUUCUGAAGGCAAAGCUCUUCGAGAGGAGCUCUUUAGUGUGCUUCAUAAACAAGAUGCCGAUACGAUCACUAUGGAUGAGAUGCUGAAGGGUUUAAUUGAUAAGCUUCAUAUGGAUGAGUUCACAUCUCGCUUAAAGUAUGUGGUUAGGCGUUCCUUUGGUAAAGUUAAGAAAUUACUUGGAGAUGAAAGAAAUCCUGAUAAGGCAAGUUAUCGUGAAUUUUGUUUAAUUAUUUCUUACAUCUACUUCCGCUUCCAGUUGAGGAUUAUGCUUGAUGAUCUUUUUCCAGAGGGCAAGGAAGUGUUCACUUUUGAUGACUUUCAGAAGGCCGUUCCGAAUCUUAAGGAGUGGGGUUUGAGGAUUGGAAGUGCCUCAAGGAUUUUCAAAGAUAUUGACAAGAAAAACAAGGAGUCCAUAACCUUUGAUCAAAUUUCAUCGUGGGGUGCCGGAAAGAAGCUGGCCGAGGAGGGCGACCCCGACGAGUUCGAACACGAUCAAUAGUUGUUUUAACAAGUUUAUUACGUUGUGUCCUUAUGAGGACUUUAAAUUCUAUUCAUAUUUAUUUAUUGUUCAUGAAUUUUUACUAGUUUAAAAUAUCUUUUUCAACCACGUGUGCUGUCAAAUGUAUGAAUGUUUUUAUGUUAAUUUGUGCAUACCUUUCGAAUGGUUAACAGGAAACAAAAUAUUUUCGUGUGUUAAAAAAAUAUCUUGUAGUGAAACUGAAAAUGUAGCACUACAAAGACUCUAAUAAACCGAGGGACAUGCUAUUGACUAAUACCCGAGUAUUUUAGAUCUGACGUCAUUAGUUAUAUCCUAAGCUAUUAGUUUAUAUUUAUUCCAUGUAUUCCGAAACAGCAUCCUUUCGUA